UUCCUUAGAAAAUAAUGGUUGUAGAUUCUAAAGAUGACGAAAAGAUGACCACACUUUAACAUUAUUAUGACUCUUCCAUUUCUCUUUCCUUGUUGAAAAGCCUCAUAACAUUUCUCCACUUUUCGGAAUUUUUUUUUGUGUGUAUGAAAAUAGAAAUGAAGGGAAAAGGAGAUGAAGAAGCCGAUAUUGAUCGGCUGCCUGUAGAUUUAUUGGCACAUAUAUUCUCUCUCUUCACUUCCUUCAAAGACUUGGCUCAGGGUAGCGGCGUGUGUAGAAAAUGGAGGCAGGGAGUGAUGGAAUCUCUGGCUCGGAAGGAAUCGCUGAGUUUCUCUGGCUGGAAAAUGGACGACGACUCCACCACUCGACUCGUUCAUCUAGCCUAUAGCCUCAAGGAGCUCGACAUAUCAAGGAGCCGUUGGGGCUGCCAAAUUACUGAUCAUGGACUGAAGCAGUUGUCUACGGCGAAAUGCAUUGCCAAACUGUCUUCGAUUUCUAUGUGGGGUUCGACAGGAAUUACAGAUAAAGGAGUUGUGCAAAUGAUUUCUAGGGCAACUUCACUGCAUCACCUCAACAUUGGUGGCACAUUCAUUACAGACGUGUCCCUCUUCGCCAUUGCAGAUAGUUGUCCUCAUCUCAAGACUAUCGUCUUGUGGGGUUGUCGUCAUGUAACUGGGGACGGGCUUCUUGCUCUUGUCAACAAGUGUCGUAAACUAGAGUCCAUAAAUGUGUGGGGAAUGAGGGUGCCUUUGGACUGCUUCAUCGGCUUGCUUACUAUCAGCCCGGCUCUUCAAAUACGGCCUAAAGGGAUAGUGAUGCACGACGAAACUCUCCAUGCAUGGCCUGUCUAUUGAGGGAUUACACACAACUGCAUUCUGCUUCUCAAACUCCAUUGUUGGUGAAAAUUGUCAAAGCUUGCAUUAUCCAGGGUAAGUUAUCUCUGUAUUUAUUGAUAUGAUAAAUAAAAGAAACAUUAUUGUUCCUUCACUUCAUAAGAAAGGCAUGCUGAGGUUGCUUGUACCAUUUUAUCUUUGUAUGUAUAGAUUGAUUUGUAUGUACAGAUUGCUUUGUGAGAUGUCAAUAUAUUGAAGGCAUUGUGAAGAACUUAUUAGAAAA